AUGCAAGGCCAAGACCAAGACAUGGAUAUUCUCAUUCCCGACAUCCAAAGUAUGCAGAGCAUGUUCUACUUCGACGGGGAGCUACUCCCAGAGCCCGAGUAUGAUCCGCGCCAGGUCAGCAACUGGGUGAACGUCUUCAUCGAGCCACGGGACUCUAAGUCCGACGACGAGACUCUUAUGCGCACAGUUGCCGCUUAUAUCAGAACUAGCACCGCUACGAUCUCCGUCCAUGCUAAGCAUCAUGAUCACCCACUGUGCGUCUCUAUCAAGGUGCCCGGAGACUACCAUUCCAGCAAAGCGUCUAUUUUUGCGGCUGCGGAGCUGCAGGCUGAGUACUAUUGCCAGGAGAUUCGGAAUGGGAGAGUCCGUAUCAAUCGGACUUUGCUUUUCCGGCGUGAGGUACAAGCUCGGGAGUGA